GGAUGUUGCCUUACGGUUGUUUGUCUAUUGGUGACUGUGUGGGACUCAUCGAAGUAGUGAGGAGCUCUCAUACGAUCAUGCAGAUUCAGUGUAAAGGAGGCUUAAAAGGAGCAUUGCAGUUCAACAGCCAUACAUUGCAUCAGUGGCUCAAGGACAAGAACAAAGGAGAAAUGUAUGAUGCAGCUAUUGACUUGUUUACACGUUCUUGUGCCGGCUACUGUGUUGCUACCUUUAUACUGGGCAUUGGUGAUCGCCACAAUAGUAACAUCAUGGUAAAAGAUGAUGGACAACUGUUUCACAUUGACUUCGGGCACUUCCUCGAUCACAAAAAGAAAAAAUUUGGUUAUAAAAGAGAGCGUGUGCCAUUUGUCUUAACACAAGACUUUUUAAUAGUGAUUAGUAAAGGAGCCCAGGAAUGUACCAAAACAAGGGAGUUUGAAAGGUUUCAGGAGAUGUGUUAUAAGGCUUAUCUAGCAAUUCGGCAGCAUGCCAAUCUCUUCAUAAAUCUUUUCUCCAUGAUGCUUGGCUCAGGAAUGCCAGAACUGCAGUCAUUUGACGAUAUUGCAUACAUUCGAAAGACCCUUGCAUUGGACAAAACUGAGCAGGAAGCCCUUGAGUACUUCAUGAAGCAAAUGAAUGAUGCUCACCAUGGUGGCUGGACAACAAAAAUGGACUGGAUCUUCCACACAAUAAAGCAACAUGCUUUGAACUGAAAUGAAAGUGAAGAAAACAAGAACUGAUAGCCUGCUUUGUGGGUACUGCACUGUUAAUACCCGUUAGCAGCAAAGACUGGUUGCAUAGGAAUUGCACAAACCAUGAACAACAUUAGAAUUUCUGGCAAGGAAAGAGAUGAACUGUUCAGACAGCUGUUGAAAAAGAGUGUAAAACAGGGUUUCAGAUAGCACUAAAAUUAUACACUUCAAAAAUUAAGCUUUAGUAUGAUGUGUGACUUCAUGUUAUGCCUUAAGCCCAAAAAGGUAAACUUGGAAGAAUGUUUCCUUUUUUCAUUUGAUAGGAUAAAUUAGAAAGAAAAAGAAAAUAGUGCUAGAAUGAACACAGAGUCCAUCACAUAUUACCUU